GGAAGUUCCAGGUGGAAAACGACAGAACUGUCUUGUUAUGUCGAUAGUGGUUGUGUCCGUUUCAACUGUAUUAUUGUAGGCCGACUCAUAUUAAGUGUGAAUUCGGUAAUAUCAACAGUGAGUACAAACCCAGCCUGCCUCUCUCCUUCCACACUGAGUAGAAACCUACAGUCACUGGGUCCUGAUUGUGACAGUGGAGCCCAGUUUGCACUGCAGGAUCCAGAGAUGGCAUCAGUGAAGCUGGAGGACUGCAGUCAAACACUGGAGCUGAAUGUCAACAUUAAAGAUGAAGAAGAGGAGGAGGAGAUUAGGACAACUGUUAGUCAUGGAUACCAUGUAGAGACAUUCUCUACAUCCACAGAGCAACAGCAGGAAGAUCAGAGAGCUAAGAGGUCUCAUCACUGCCCACAUUGUGAAGAGAUUUUCCCAUUUCUAUCAAAGCUAAAAAUACACCUAAAAAUACACACAGGAGAGAAGCCCUACUCCUGCUCUGGCUGUGGAAAAUGCUUCAAAACAUCAACUCAGCUAAAAGUUCAUAAGAGAACACACACAGGAGAGAAGCCUUUUUCCUGCCCUGACUCUGGAACUCGGUUCUCUAAACUUGACCACUUAAAAUCACAUGAACGUAUACAUACAGGGGAGAAGCCAUACUCCUGCUCUGACUGUGUAAAAUAUUUCAGAACAUCAACUCAGCUAAAAGUUCAUCAGAGAACACACACAGGAGAGAAGCCUUAUUCCUGCCCUGACUGUGGAACUAGGUUCUAUAAACUUGACCACUUAAAAUCACAUGAACGUAUACAUACAGGGGAGAAGCCAUACUCCUGCUCUGACUGUGGAAAAUGCUUCAAAACAUCAAAGGAGCUAAAAGUUCAUCAGAGAACACACACAGGAGAGAAGCCUUAUUCCUGCUCAUACUGUGGAAAAUGUUUAAAAACAUCAAAUGAGCUAAAAGUUCAUCAGAGAACACACACAGGAGAGAAGCCUUUCUUCUGCCCUGACUGUGGAACUAGUUUCUCUCAACUUUCCUACUUAAAAUCACAUGAACGUAUACAUACAGGGGAGAAGGCAUACUCCUGCUCUGACUGUGGAAAGUGUUAUAAAACAGCAACUGAGCUAAAACUUCACCAGAGAACACACACAGGAGAGAAACCUUACUUCUGCUCUGACUGUGGAACUAGUUUCUCUCAUCUUUCCAACUUAAAUAGACAUGAACGUAUACACACAGGAGAGAAGCCUUACUUUUGCUCUGACUGUGUAAAAUGCUUCAAAACAUCAACUCAGCUAAAAGUUCAUCAGAGAACACACACAGGAAAGAAGCCUUUCUUCUGCCCUGACUGUGGAACUAGUUUCUCUCACCUUUCCUACUUAAAAUCACAUGAACGUAUACAUACAGGGGAGAAGGCAUACUCCUGCCCUGACUGUGGAAAAUGUUAUAAAACAGCAACUGAGCUAAAACUUCACCAGAGAACACACACAGGAGAGAAGCCUUACUUCUGCUCUGACUGUGGAACUAGUUUCUCUCAACUUUCCAACUUAAAAAGACAUGAACGUAUACACACAGGAGAGAAGCCUUACUUCUGCUCUGACUGUGUAAAAUGUUUCAAAACAUCAACUCAUCUAAAAGUUCAUAAGAGAACACACACAGGGGAGAAAAAAAGUUCAUCAGAGAACACAGGCAUGAGAGAAGCCUGCUUACGUCUGCUCUGACUUUUGGGUGAGUUUCUCUCACCAUAGCAACUUAACACACCAAUGUUUAGACACGGGAGAAGCCUUACUCCUGCUCUGUGGAGGGGUGAGCGUGUAAGUCAAACGUCUAGCCAAAGGCUGCGUGUUUGAAUCUCAUCAAGGAGGACUUUAGCAAUUUAGCUAAUUAGCAACUUUGCAACUUCUUACUAAUUUUUAGCUAUGUUAACAUGUUAGCUUAGCAUGCAACUACUUAGCAUGUUAGCUAACCUUUCCCCUAAACCCAUUUAACUCUACCUUAAACCCCUCACCCCUAACCUAGCUAACGUUAGCAACAACAAAUUGGAAUUCGUAACAUAUCAUACAUAUUACAAGUUCGUAUUAUAUUGUAUGAAUAGCAAUGCGUAACAUAACAUAUGAAUUGUAAUUCUUAACAUCUGAUACGUCCUACAAGUCGUAUUAUACCGAACAACAAUCUAAACGCAACAAUUUCAAAGAUUUACAGUUCGUAUAAGGAUAUCAGUCAAUUGAAAUAAAUGAGGCCCUAAUCUAUGGAUUUCACAUAACUGGGCAGGGGCUCAGGCUUGGGUGGGACUUUGGAGGGCAUAGGCCCACUUGGGAGCCAGGCCCAGCCAAUCAGCAUGAGUUUUUCCCCACAAAAGGUCUUUAUUACAGACAGAAAUACAACUCAGCCCCCUCCCAGACAAUCCUGCAGGUGAAGAGGUCCUGGGCUGCCGUGGUUACAUGUGAUCUGCAGUUGUGAGGCCGGUUGGAUGUACUGCCAAAUUCUCUAAAAGGACGUUAGAGGUGUCUUAUGGUAGAGAUAUAAAUAUUGAGUUCUCUGGCAACAGCUCUGGUGGACAUUCCUGCAUUCAUCAUGACAAUUGCACAUUCCCUAAACUUGAGACAAAUGUGACAUUAUUUUGUGUGGCCUUUUAUUGUCCCCCCGCAAAAGGUGCACCUGUGUAAUGAUCAUGCUGUUUUAUCAGCAUCUUGAUAUGCCACACCUGUCAGGUGGAUGGAUUAUCUUGACAAAGGCUGAAAUGCUAAUUAACAGGGAUAUAAACAAAGUUGUGCACAACAUUUGAGAGACAUUAGCUUUUUGUGCAUAUGGAACAUUGCUGUAAUUUUUUAUUUCAGCUCAUGAAACCAAUACUUUAGAUGUUUGGUUUAUAUUUUAGUUUAUUUACUGUGAUAGUCCAAACAUACUAAAUGGCGUGGCACUGAAGUUUUUUGUAUAAUAUAUAACGUUUUGCUCUGAGACCAGGUUGUCCCUCUGCAGUAUUCUGUGUGAAGGAGCUAGUAUACCCUUUUUAAUUUUUGAACCUUUGUUUAACUAGGCAAGUCAGUUGAGAACAAAUUAUUUACAAUGAUAGCCUAGGAACAGUGGAUUAACUGCCUUGGUCAGAGGCAGAACAACAGAAUCUUUACCUUGUCAGCUCAGGGAUUUGAUCUAGCAACCUUUUGGUUACUGGCCCAAUGCUCUAACCACGAGGCUACGUUCCACCCCUAACAUGCAUCAGAUAGAGAUGGUGUGAUGAUAACUUUUCAACACUAGUUUGGUGGGAUUAUUUUACAACUUUAUUUAAUGAUACACAGUUUAUGAAAUGAAUACAUGUGUUUAUUCAUUGUCUUUAAAACUAGAUUAGUUAUUUUAGUUACUGAUCAUGAAUGUGUUUGGAUAACUGCAUUGAAGCAAACUUUAUUGAUCUGCCAAUGAAAAAUAAAGUUACAUGAAUAUGUACUGGUCAACCUCU